CGGCAGGGCAGUAUUUAAAGUCGCUGGGUAGUGUAGUUUGCUGUUUGUGGGUCCGUGUUGUGUUCUCGCUGACUUUGUGUACCUGUGUACAACUGAAGAGGAUGAAGACGAUGAAGGCUCCUGUGCUGCUGCUGCUGGUUCUGACUGUGUGGUUAAACAGUGGAGGCUGCGCUCCUUCCUCCUCCUCCUCCUCCUGCUCCUCUCCUCCGUCCCAGUGGUGCUCCUCUCUGGACUCAGCUGUCCAGUGCGGGGUUUUGAAGCACUGCCUUGAGUCUAACUUCACCAGGUCCCGCCAGACAACAGAUCCAGUCGUGGUGGGGCUGUACUAUGAGAGUCUAUGUCCCGGCUGCAGAAUGUUUCUCGUGAAUACUCUCUUACCUACCUGGGUCUUGCUGUCGGACAUCAUGACCCUUACUCUGGUUCCCUACGGAAACGCUGUGGAGAAACCUGAUGGACAGAAGUAUACUUUCGAGUGCCAGCACGGAGAACAGGAGUGUCUGGGUAACAUGAUUGAGGCCUGUUUAAUGAACAAGACCAAUGCUUUCCCGAUUAUCAUCUUCUGUAUGGAAUCCUCAUCUGAUGUCAUCAAGUCAGCCCAAAGCUGUGUGGAAGUCCACGACCCUGACUUGAGCUGGGACGAUGUCAUGAGCUGUGUGAAAGGAGACGUGGGAAACCAGCUUAUGCAUCAGAAUGCCAUGAUGACCAAAGCUCUGAACCCUCCACACAAAUAUGUGCCCUGGAUUACCAUCAACGGGGAGCACACAGAGGACCUCCAGGACAAAGCCAUGAACUCUCUCUUCACUCUGGUCUGCAGCAUGUACAAGGGCCCCAAGCCUGCGGUGUGUGGAGGGGACCAGAGACUCUACAAGAGCUACUGCCACAAAGAGUGAAGGAGCAGCACCCGCCUUUGUGCUCACUCUGUUCCAGGUGUGGCCUCCAAAUAAGCAACACUGAGGGAUGUCAUCGAGUCUAUUUUUUUAAUCUGUGAUUUUACAGUGUUUGUAUAAAGGGAAGAAUUGAUCACCUGACUUUAUGAUUCACACAAUAUGAAUACAAGUUACUUUUUCAAAAUGUUUUCUAAAACCAUGAAACCAUAAAUCGCUUUUUGUAGCAUUUGGCCAAUGUGUUAAUAAAGUAUCUUUUGCUCAGUAA